AUGAGACUCGUGCCCGCAGAUCCUAAUCAAUUGGAUGAGUUGUUUGCAAUAUUUUGCGAGUGUGCUGAGCUGAAUCCUGAUCCCACAGAAGCAGAGGAAGAAGUUCAACACAAUUGGAUUUUCAGUGCUGAUCAACUGGAAAAUGAUGAUGCAGAGGAUGAUGGCAGAGAAUGGGCUUUCCCUGAAAUCUCAACUCAUACGAUUGGGGCUAAUGGGACUCACGACUUGGCUCAUUCAGUGGUGCAGUCACCGGCCGCCAAUUGCCGCCUAGAGAUGAAGGUGAUAGCAGCCUAUUUGCUCGCCGUGUUGGGAGGUAACGCCGCCCCUUCCGCCGGCGAUGUGAAGGACAUCCUCUCCUCCGUUGGAGCUGAAGCUGAUAACGAUAGAGUUGAACUUCUUUUAUCGCAAGUGAAGGGAAAAGACAUUACACAGCUAAUUGCUGCUGGACGUGAGAAGCUGGCCUCUGUACCUUCCGGCGGUGGUGCAGUUGCAGUUGCCACAUCAGCAUCUGGCGGUGCAGCUGCUCCAGCUGCGGUGGAGACUUCAAAAGAAGAGAAAGUGGAGGAGAAAGAGGAAUCAGAUGACGAUUUGGGCUUCAGCCUCUUCGACUAG